AUGGUAAGCAGGAUGAGACUCGCAGGACGGGUUUGCAGUGGUGUGUGGGGGUCGAGCGACUGCUGGACCAUGGAUGGCAAAGCUGACUUCGCUUGGGAAGGGAUGUUCUGUGUGUGUUGGAGGAGAAGAGCAAGGAGUGAAGGUUGCCUGGUUAAAUUGCAAAAAUAAGAGAUGGGUUGGAGGUUUGACAGUGGGCUUCAUACACGCCGUACAUUGAAAGCACAUGGCUUCCCCCAGAGGAUCCUGGGAACGGAAGUUUGUUCAGGGUUCUGGGGGUUGUAAACCAUGGUUCUCAGGAUUCUUUGGGGGGAAGAAAUGUGCUUUAUAAUUGUGUAGUGUGUGUACAUCCUUGGAAACAAAGGUCAGUUAUUAAGUGGAAAAAUGAAAUGCAGAAUAGGUGGACCAAGUGCAAUAUUUUAUUCAUUGUAUCCCACCUUUUUCUCCAAAAAGGGAUCACAUCAUGGUUUUGCUUUAGCUUUAUUAAUCUAGACAGCCACCACCUUAUUUUAAUGCUUAUUUGUUUCUUUUAUUUUUAUUUCAAACCAUUUGCAAACCUCUUAAUGAGUUUUAAAAACCCCUUAAGCACAUGUUUGUAUGUGUGGUUGUGUGUCUACGUUUAUCUGCAAGCCUUAGGGUUCCCUCUUGUCAGGUAGUGCUGACUUUCUGAGUGCAUAAGCAACUGCAGUCAUGCCUGAACAUUGGAAAUGGAGUGAAUGGGUGGGACUUGCAAUGAAUGCGGCAGUGUAACCCGAUCCCUCCAUCCUAGGUGUUUGUAUGGCCAAUCCACACCAUGCAGUCAAAGAAUCCUUAUACCACUUCAGCAGUCAUGGCUUUCUCCAAAGAAUUCUGGGAGCUGUAGUUUGUUAAGGAUGCUGGGAACUGUAGCUCUCUGAGAGGUCUCCUAACAACUCUUAGCACCGCUAACAAACUACAGUUUCCAGGAUUCUUUGGGGGAAGCUGUAACUGUUAAAGUGAUAGAAGACUGCUUUAUUUUUAAAAUAUUUAGAUAUAUAUUUGCAUUUUUGAAAACAGGAACAGAGAGCAUAUUUAACCCCCCUCCCCUCCCCCUGUCCCAUUUACAACUUUCUACCAAAUACAGCAUGUAUUUUAUUAUUUUGAAUUGAUUUUAAAAUGAAUUGAUUUUACAGUGCUGUGUUACUUUUAUUGUUGUUAGCCGCUCUGAGCCUGGGUUCGGCUGGGGAGGGCGGGAUAUUAAUUUAUUAUUAUUAUUAUUAUUAUUAUUAUUAUUAUUAUUAUACUAUAUGACUUCCCUUCCACCCUUCUCCUGGUUCCUUUGCUUUUCUACUCCAUGUAAUCCACAUCUUUUUAAUCAUCCAAUUUGUCAUCUAUUAAAUACUCUAUCUAUUUCAACUCUGUUGGAUUUACUCAAGACCUCCUAACCCAGUCCUUUUUCCCCUAAAAAAAAAUCUUUAGGGUUUCUCUCAUUUUCCUACUCAUAUUGAAAUACUGCCCCUCAAUGAGGCCAAACUUAGAUUCACAAAACGUUUAGGGGUAUUGCAUACCCCUGCGUUCCCCUAGAAAAAAGCACUGUGUUAACCUAUGUAUUUGUCUAUACCAGUUCUUAAAAUAUUCAAUAAGCAUUGUCCAUUCUUCCUUAUAUAGUGGAACCUCAGUUUUGGAACGUCUCGGCUGCCGAACAUUACGGAAGCCGAAUGCCAAAACCGAAAACCCAGAAGUGAAUGCUUCCGUUUUCGAAUGAGCCUCAGAAGCAGGAUGGCUUCCAAAGCACGUUUCUCAAUUUUCCCCAUUGAACUUGCUGACAGCCCUUUGAUCCUCAGUUUUCAAACGUUUCGGAAGUCGAAUGGACUUCCGGAACGGAUUACGUUUGAAAACCGAGGUUCCACUGUAUUCCUUAUCUUUGUUUUAUCUUAUCCUGUUCGUCAGAUCAGCCAGAUCAGCAUAUUCAAACAUUUUACUGCCAUUGUUCCUGUGUGGGUACUAGACUUAGAAUCAUAGAAUCAUAGAACUGUAGAGUUGGAAGACUUGUUCUCCACCUUUGUGCCAAUAAGGUUCUAGCCGCAGCAAUAGCGUAUAGUAAUAAACUCUUUUGUUUUUUUUGGACCUCCAUUGCUACCAUCCCCAAGAGGAAAAUCUCAGGUGUUCUGGGGAAGGUUUUUAAAAGUAUCUUUUAAAAUUCAUCAUAUAUCAUUUCCCAAUAUUCCUUAAUUAUUUUACAGGACCACCACAUGUGAGUAAAAGAUCCCUCAGUUUCAUUCAACUUCCAACAUAUACCUUUUUCUUUUUUAGACAUAGUCGCCAAUCUGGUGGGUGUCAAAUACCAUCUGUGGGCCAGUUUCAUCCUGUUUUCUUUUAUCGCACAACAUGCCGUAAAAUUCAUAUUUAUUUUCCACAACUUUUCCCGUAAUUCAUAAUCCAUAUUGUGACCCACAUCUUGUGCCCACUUAAUCAUGCUCGAUUUCACAAAUUCCUCUUUAGUUCCCCACUCCAACAGCAUUUUGUACAUUUUGAGAAUACUUUUACAUUUGUAAAAGUGGUAGAAGACUGCUUUAAAUGUAGGGGUGGGUGUGACCCGUGUGCAUCUAUUUAUGCAUUAUGUAUGCAUUUCCUUUUUCAUUGGAUGCAAGGGGGUGGUUGUUCUAAGGAUCACUUCGGGGUGUGUGUGUGUGAUUUCCUCCCACAUUGCUGUGUUCAUCUGCAUGUGAUGAUGAAUUGUAGGCAGUGCAUUGUGGGGUGUUGUUUGGGGUGGGAGAAUUGGUAGCAUUAAAAUGAGGUGUUCGAGUUAAAUCCUGCAUGAAAUGGCCAAAUGAAAGCUGAGGGAGGUGCCUGUGUGUCUGUGUUAUGAGAAAAAAACCCUGCUUCUUUUUCCUUAUGGGGAACACAAGAGCCCCUAUAGAGUCCUUUCGUAGGUUCUCUAUCGGUAGGAGAAAAUAACAAGAGACCAACCAGAGAAUAUUGAGAAGCAAAGCAGCUAGUAAGCCUGAUCUUUAUUAAAGCUGUUGCAACAGGGUGCUCCCCCCCCCCCACAGGUGGGGGCGGGGACCCAGGACAAAGGUGUGCAAGCCCUUAUAUAGACAUUUUAAAUUGCCCACCCUGGAGUCCAAGACCACCCCCAGAUACAUCAUACAUACAUCACAGAAGGGGCGGACUACAACAGAAAUCUGAGUGCGUUGUUUUUUUCUCCUCUCUGCUAGGUUACUUGAUUGGAUUACCUGGGCAUCCUGGCCACUCUUUUGUUAUGAUAAUUACUCAACUCCUGAAUCCAGGUUCACAGGUCACAGGCUCACACCCUAUUCAUAUCUUAAAUGUGUCCUUGAGACAGGAUUUGUGAAAGAGACAAUGGGGAGAUUUCCCAUUUCCUUCAACCUUGCAGAGAAAUAUUUGAGGUCAUUUUGGGAGAGAGAAAAUGGUUUCAGGACUUUUCUGUGGGUUCCAGUCAUGUGGUUUACAUAUUUGUAUGUGUUUGCUUGGCACAUUUAUGAACAUCUAAUAUAUAUAUAUAUAUAUAUAUAUAUAUAUAUAUAUAUAUAUAUAUAAGACCUUAAAAUUCUUAUAACACCUGUGUGAAUUCCUGGCUUUCCAUUUGCCACCACAGCAGUCAGUCAACAUUUCACAGCCCCUGAGCAUCCUGGGAUAUUUUCGAGAUCCGCCCUUAGAGUUUUCCUCCCCUAAAGGUGUUUUGCAUUUCCGCAACCUUUGGGUUCCAUCUAACCUGCUGCUGCCUCCCUCUUGGGGGUGCGCAAUGCCAUUUUGGCCACGUAAGAACUGCCACUCACCACCCGAACGCUGGAAAUAGGAGGAAUGAUGAUCAUAUCUUAUAUGCCAUUAACAUGCUGCCGGCACUUUGAACAAUAAUCAGAAGGAGACAGGUCCCUGCCUUAAGGAGCUUACAGUGUAAAGUUCAACAGAAGCAACAUGAGAGAGGAGAGGAACACAGAGUUUUGAAAGCAAACAGAAGGAAAUAAAUGCCACUCCAUUCAUAAAGACACGUCCUCAGGAUCAUUUAACAUGGCUUCAUCUUCAUGUUCGAGGAACGGCAUCUUAUUAUUAUUAUUAUUAUUAUUAUUAUUAUUAUUAUUAUUAUUGAAAAAGAAAGCUUAAGAGAAUCCUGGCAUAUUCGGUGAAGCAUCAGAUGUUGUGAUUCAAAAUGUGCCAUUGUGAAAACAUUAUAUUUGCAGAGUCCUCACUCUUCCUCAUCUGGCACUUUUCUUGACUUUAGGACAUCAAAGGUCAGUACUGGACUGAUGAUGAUUCUGAUGGAGAAAAUGAGUCGGAGGAGUUCUUGUAUGGAGUACAGGUGAGGUUCCCGGGGCUUGUGGAGGGGUAUCAGUGUGGGUAUCAGUGAACGGCUGCAGGAUUCUGUACAAUUUCCUGUGGAGCUUCAGAGCAAGCAACAAGGAUGUACAGGCCUCCUCUCAUGGGUCCAUACUGCUGGGCACUUGCCAAAGCCCACAAUCCUGCAGGCAGCCACAUAUGAUAUCUGACCGAGACCCUCAAUUUUGCUCAUAGAAUCAUAGAACUGUCAAGUUUCCAGAGCACCAUGUAGUCCAACCCCCUGCAAUGCAGGAACCCCUGACCAAUGGCCACCCAACCUCUGCAUAAAAACUUCCAAGGGUCUGCCACCUUCCGAGGCACUAACUUUUAGUCAGAAACUCAUUUCUUGCAAUUCGAAUCCAAUGGUUUGGGUCCUGGAGAAGCAGAAAGCUCUUCUACCUUCCAUGCGGCAGCCCUUCAGAUAUUUGGAGAUGGCGAGCGUAUUACCUCUCAAGGUCUUCUCUUCUCCAGGCUAAACCUACCCCAACUCCCUCGACCAUUCCUCAUCAGGCUUGGUUUAUCAGAGGAUUUCAUGCUUCACUCAUUUGCUGUCUCUGAAUAUAUACCCCCUGUGCUGGCUUUCUGCAGGGGACCUGUGCGGCGGACCUGUACCGUCACCCGCAGUUGGAUGCUGACAUCGAGGCCGUGAAGGAACUGUACAGUGAGAAUUCUGUGUCUGUCCGGUGAGUUCUAUGGUCCAGGUUGGCACUAACACAGGACCCCAAAGCUGGACCUAUCUUGCUAUGAGGGUCUCAUCAGGGACCUGAUGUCAGGGACUAGGCAGAGGAGGAAUGGUGGAGACCACCUCCCCAGCCUGACCCUUUCAGAGGAGAAGAAGACAGUUCAGAAUUACAACAGGGGUUUGUGGGAGGUCAUAGCUCAGAGGAAGAUGAGGAGAAAAGUUGGGAAAUAAUGGGAGAGGAGGAGGUGGCAGAGUCAGAGCAGCUGGCUGACACGUUAUCACUAGAAAGUAUUCCAGACCCUCCAUCUCCCAGAACCCAGUGAGCCUUGAAAGUAGGAGAGCAAAGGGCUUGGAGACAGAUAGCCCUAAGCGGCAACCGUAGAAGGGUUCCUGUUGACGAAUGAGGAAGUGGAAGAGACGGGGGGUGGAGAUUCACUCGGGACAACACCAUUCCAUCCAAGAUGCUGCUCUGUCUCAUGAGACCAGGGUCCUGCAGGAUCUGAUUUCUUUCCACAGGGCCUGUAAGACAGAGUUGUUCUGCCUGGCCUUUGGCUUGGAAUCAAUUUGAUUUCCUCCCCCUCUUCCUUUUUCCUUUCUUCUUCUGUGAUGGAACUCCUAUUUGGGGACUUCCCUGGCUUUUUUCUGGCCCAUGUAGGACGAGUCUGGAUAGUUAGCCUUGGUGAAGACUUUUCAUCCCCAAAAAAGUUUUUGAUUUGAGUUUCCACCGAAAUGAGGCUGCAUUUUAAUGAUGUUUUAAUGUUGUAUUAUAAUCUUAUUUUUCAGUUGUAUUUCAACCAAUUGUUUUUAUAUCGGGUGUUAGCCACCCUGAGCCCGGUCUUGGCUGGGGAGGGCGGGGUAUAAAUAAAAAUUAUUAUUAUUAUUCCCAAACCUCUCUCUGUGAAUAGUGAACAAAAAGCAGAUGGUAAGGACUUUCCCUUGUCUUAUCCAUUCCUGGCAACCUGCCGUGGGGGUUGGUUCCUCUGCCGCCUGACACCUGUGUUCAAAUCUUUAAGUGGAUGCAAUAAAAAUAAGACACUGGAAAUAUUACUAGAAGCUGGAGAGGUGACCUGAGCCCCUUGGAGAUCAUCAGUUCUCAGUUCCUUAGGGUGGGAAAAUGCAUUCAUAGGGCUGUAUCCAGUACUCUGUCCAUUGUUCCUGUCUUUCCACCAAGUAUUCAAGGCCUUCUAGAAUGGGACAUAGUUCUCAAGACUCAGGCAUUUCUGAGGACAGGGACAAGGGGUGGCAGGAAAGUGGGAGGGAAGCAUAUAUGCAGAUAGGCAUUUCUUCACCAAAUGGCAGCCUCUUCUGCCAUGCCGGCUGCAGCUAACCACUGCCUUUGUUGAAUUGCACAGAAAACUAACCUUUGCCUAACAGGAUAGGAUACCAUACUUGCUCUUCAAUGGAAUUAUUUCCGAGUACUCUGAUAGGAAAGAAGCGCUGCCUUCUCCAUGGACUUAUAGUUAACAAUGAAAGAGCAAUGCAAUCUUAUUUAAGGGCUUUACUCUGUUCUUUCAAAGACCCCUUUACAGUGUGUGUGUGUGUGUGUGUGUGUGUGUGUGUGUUUUAUUUCAUGUAUUUUAAUAGCAAACUUACAGGAACAGCACAGAAGACAGACAACAUUAAAAGCAUGUAGGACAACUUAGUUAGAAAAGUGUAGUGAAUGGAUGGAAUCUACUGUAUGAUAAAAAUGUUACAGACACCAUAUAGUUGCCAUCAAUAAGAAAUUUACCUACUUUUUAAAAAAAUCCAAAUGCUGGCAUUGUCCAGAAAAGUUUGACUGGCAUAUUUAUAAUUUUUAUAAAGUUGAACUGCUGAAAUAUGUUCCCUGAAAUGGUUUUUGAUAGCAUUAAUGCAUUAUAUGUCCCCACGUUUAUAUUAAAAAUCCACACACAAAUGAAAAUGAAAAAGAGCUUGCCAAUAUCUGAUUCUGUCCUCUAUUUCCCCCCAUUUUUGCAACCAUAUACUUAGGUACCUUUUAACCCCAUGGAAAAAAAUAUCUAACGUUCAUUGCUACCAAUAACAGGAAGAAGAGAUUUAUUUUGUUUUGAGAAUGACAAAUCCAUCUUAGAAGAAUUUAAGUACGCUAUCCACGCUCACUAGAUAUCUUUUGGCAUGAUUGUGACACAUGUGUGUGUUUGUGAGCUGAUCAUGGCUUGGGGGCAAGUUACCGCUUCUCCAGUUUUCUGAAGCAGAAGCACUCAUUAGCAAUAGCAUCGUUAGCAAACCUGUGCCCAGGGAGAUAAACUAGAGAUGAUUUUCAGCUGGUGCAUUGAAGCCAAGCAGGGCAGUGCACAUACUCCUAGCGACUGAGAGUGGAGUCCAAUGACAAUAGAGGGACUGUGUAGGUCUUGUGCAUACAGGUCGGCACUUUAGGCUGGACAGUAAUGGUGGGAAGAAAUAUCCCUAGAAGCAAGGAUGCUGAGUGGGCAGAUGCAAAAGAAAACCCUUCACCCUUAAUAGUUCAGUGUUUGUUUGUUUUUUCUUUUAAAGAAUUUUUAUGUCAAUCCUCAGCCAAAAACACUCCUGGAGUGGCACUUAAAAAGGAACUUAAAAAGGCAGUGCGUUACCCCAGGCACACAGUCUAAAAAGACAUGAUGCAAAAGGAAAAUGAGAGAGAAGAGGACAUAAGCACACUCUGGGGUGAAGCAGAUCAAGGACAGGAGGCACAAAAGUUGUUGGUCUCUCACCGAUGGAGUAGUCCUGUCCCUCUCCCUUCCUGUAUUGCAACCAGAUGUAAUGACUGCUGCCAGGUGACAGAUGUGUAGCAGGAGCACAGCAGGCGUGGCUUGGAUGCCACGUGGCACCUGCCGAAAUUCCCUCCUCUGUGCAACUAUGAAAGGCGCAAGGUCCUUCUGCACAACUAUGGACCUUAGGAUCCGAGUCCAUGGAUGGAUCUUGAUGAGCAAAGAGGUUUUUUAAAACUCAAUUCCAGUUCUGGAGAUGUAGACUUGGGUUUGGGCUGGAGGUCCCUUCUAGAUUCUUUCUGGCCCUAUGAUUCUUUAUUGUAAAGAAUCUACCAAACUGGUUUAACCAAGAGGAACACAGGAAGGUACCUUAUCCUGUGUUAGACUACCCGGUUUAAGCUGAAACCUCCAUCUAUGCUCAACCUGUAUCUUUGUAGACAAAUGCAAAUACCGCAAUAGCUGCCUGACUCCAGCAGACUUCAUUCAAAGGGAACCAAACAUCCCCAAGAUCCUUACUGUUCAGGGAUUGGGAGUCUGGGUAACACUGAGAUGGUUUUUAAUACUCAGGAAAACAGCCCGAGCCGUGGCAAAGGUCCCACAGAGCCACAUGGUGGAAUGUAAGUGCAAAAAACAACAGUGCUCGCAUUGACACCUAGAGUAAAAAAGGUAAAGGGACCCCUGUCCAUUAUUUCCAGUCGUGACCGACUCUGGGGUUGUGGCGCUCAUCUUGCUUUACUGGCCGAGGGAGCCGGUGUACAGCUUCUGGGUCAUGUGGCCAGCAUGACUAAGCCGCUUCUGGCAAACCAGAGCAGCGCACGGAAACGCCGUUUACCUUCCCACUGGAGCAGUACCUAUUUAUCUACUUGCACUUUGACAUGCUUUCGAACUGCUAGGUAGGCAGGAGCAGGGACCAAGCAACGGGAGCUCAUCCCUUCGUGGGGAUUUGAACUGCCGACCUUCUGAUCAGCAAGUCCUGGGCUCUGUUACAAACCCUUAAAAAGGAAGAUUGCAGAGCAAUGUGAAAAUGCGAUGAACUGAACUGAACUGGUUUAACCCACAGCGCCACCCGUGUCCCUGGCACAUAUAGUAGCUGGCACAAAUUUAACUCCAGGUUUGGAUUAAGAAGGGCAGGGGGGCAGAAAGCUCUGCAGAUCAACAGAGGGGCAGCUUCUCCCUGUUACUUUCCUUGCCAUCAGCUAGCUCCAUGUGCCCCAGCCUUUCGCUCUUCUCCCUCCUGCUUUUCCUCACACUGGUCUUUCCCUAAUUCUCCUGCUUUCCUCCUCAGCGAAUAUGGGACCAUUGACGAUGUGGAUAUUGACCUGCAUAUAAACAUCGGCUUUCUAGAUGUAAGUUUUGGGACACAGUCACAUGGGUGGUGGUGGGCAGAAAGAGGCUACAGACAUGCUUAAAUGCACUCCCCACUUUCCAGAUAUCGGCAGACCCAGAAGCUUGAAAGAUUCCCCCAACUCUGACACUGUCAGGAAGGUUGAUUCCUCCUGGAUUAGCAACAGGAAAUUCUCACACUUGGCCUUUGCAUUUUUUAUGGUGCAAUGGGUUGGACAGCUAGAGUUCAGACUUGGAGUCGAUCCAUUGACACCUAGACUGUUGAUGUAUGUUUUAAUCUGUUUUUAGUUUAUUGCUGAUUCUGUUCUUUUUUAAAAAGUGUUUUAAAGAGUUGCUUUCACUGAUGAUUUUAUUGUUUUAUCCUCUUUGUAAAUCACAUUGAGGUUUUGUUUCUGUUUUAGUUUUACAAUCAAGUAGCAUAUAAUUUUUUUUGGGGGGGGGAGGAGAGAAUAGUCCUUCUGGAUCAAGCCAGUAGCCCAUCUAGUCCAGCGUCCUGUUCUCACAGUGGCCAACCAGGUGCCUGUGGGAAACCCACAAAGAAAGCAGGGUUCAAACACAAGAGCAGCUUCUCCUCCCGGAGUUUCAAGCAACUAGUAUUCAGAAGCAUGGCUGCCUGCAGCUAUGGAGGCAGAGCAGAGACAUCAGAACACAUACCUCUGGGAAGCCCACAAAGAAAGGCUUAAAAGCAAUGGUCCUUAUAGUUUCUCCUUGGCAUCCAGGACCCAUAUACAGUGGUACCUCGGGUUACAUACACUUCAGGUUACAGACGCUUCAGGUUACAGACUCUGCUAACCCAGAAGUAGUACCUUGGGUUAAGAACUUUGCUUCAGGAUGAGAACAGAAAUUGUGCUCCGAUGGCACGGCAGCAGUGGGAGGCCCCAUUCGCUAAAGUGGUGCUUCAGGUUAAGAACAGUUUCAGGUUAAGAACGGACCUCCGGAAUGAAUUAAGUACUUAACCCGAGGUACCUCUGUAAUGCAUGAGACUGGCAACUAUUGAUAGCCUUAUUCCCUUGUCUAAUUCCCAAUUAAAGUGAUCUAAAACAGCAGCCAUCCCUGCAGUGGUGUAGCUACCUGCUCUGGCACCGGGAGUGGCGUACAUCCAGGGGCAUGGCUGGCACGCAUCCCAGGGGGCAUGGUGCACAUCCCAGGGGCAUGGUGUGCUGCCCGCGGGGUGUGUGGCGCGUGUCAAGGGGUGUGCGUCGAGCGGCGUGCGUCCCGGGGUGUGUGCAGUGAGUACCAAGCGUCCCAGUGGUGGGGAUGUGGGCGGCUGCAAUUUCACCCACCCAGAGGGCACCAGGGGCAGACCGCCCCCCACCCCCACCUUCAUCCGCCAGUGCAUGCCUGUCACAGUGAAUUCCAUAGAUCAGGCACCCCCAAACUCGGCCCUCCAGAUGUUUUUGGACUACAACUCCCAUUAUCCCUAGCUAACAGGACCAGUGGUCAGGGAUGAUGAGAAUUGUAUUCCCAAAAAAUCUGGAGGACCAAGUUUGUGGAUGCCUGCCAUAGAUCAAGUGUUCCAAAUCUCCAGCAAAUAAGCUUCACUGGAGAACCAUGAAUACUAGGAUUAUGAGAAAGGGAGGAAAAUGUCUCCUGAUCCAAUGCCAUGAUCCACUGCAGUCUUGCUUCCUGGGUAGACUUGUAUUUUUCUGACUUCCACUUUGAGCCCUUGGUCCUUCCCCUCUUCCAUAGUCACAGCCCUGACUAAUGAGGAUGCACGGCUUCUCAUUGCAGGAAGAGGUGGCAACAGCCUGGAAGGUCCUUCGGACCGAGCCCAUUGUCCUCCGACUGCGGUUCUCUCUUUCCCAGUACCUGGAUGGCCCCGGUGAGUAUCACAUUUGCCUGUAAACAAGGAAGAACAUAAGAAUAGCCCUGCCAGGUCAGUCUAAAGGUUCACCUAGUCCAACGUCCUGUUUUCACAAUGGCCAACCAGAGGCCCAUGGGAUGCCCACAAGCAAAACCUGAGCACAAUGCUCCAUCCCCACUAGUGAUUGCUGGCAACUAGUAUUCAGAGACAUCCUUUCUCCAGCAGUACUAGCCAUUGUGGCCAGUAGCCACUGGUAGCUUUAUCCUCCAUGAAAGUGUUUAAUCUCCUUUUAGAGUCAUCCAAGUUAGUGGCUGUCAUUAGCUCUUGUAGGAGCAAAUUCCAUAGUGUUAACUAUGCACUGUACAAAGAAGUACUUGCUUUUGAAGGGAGGUGGAAGGAUACAAGUUUGUACUGCUAGACUAAUAAAGUUCACCAUUGAUAAGAAGGAUCAGAAAUUGUUCCUAUACCCAACAACAGCGGCGAGGUUACUGCUGGCUCAGGUGUGGAAACAACAAAAAUUGCCAACAGUAGAAGAGUGGCAGUACAAGGUCAUGGAAUAUGCGGAAAUAGCCAAAUUAACGGGGAAAAUUCGACAACAGGGUGAUGAAACAUUUCAAAAAGAAUGGGAAAAAUUUAUGUUAUACAUAGGGUAAGGUGAAAUAGUGAAAUCGGUAGAAUGGAAAUAAACCUCACCUCAUAAUGGGAAAUUAAAAGAAAUUUUAUUGGAUGUUAAUGACAAUAUGAAUUAAAAUGUAAAAUACAAUCAAGGUAACUAAUUGUAUCUGUAUAUGAAUAUAGACAAACAACAAGACGUGUAUAUACAGAAAGAUUUAUUUGCAUAUAGACACUGUAUGGAUAAAGUUGAAAGAAGAACAACAGUAUACAAAAUCGAUAAAGACAUUGCGAAAAACUUAGAGACAACAUAGAAAAGCCAGAAGAAGGAAGGAGGGAAGUCAACUCUUAGGAGUAAAUGUAAAGUAAUGUGUAUAUGUAUAGUAUGUAAUCAUAAAAUCAAUAAAGAUUAUCUUAAAAAAAAAAAAGUUCACCAGGGCCGGCCCACCCAUAAUAUGGGGUGAAGCAGCAUUGACAUUGAAUUCUGGGUGCCGAAAUACCAACGGAUCAGAAAAGACUAUUUACGUAUGCGAACACUGCUGCUUGGAUGUUACCAGCCCAGAGAUGGAAAGCAGACAUAGUCCCUACCAGAGAAGAAUGGCAGAUUAAAUUGAUGGAUUAUGCCAAAAUGGCAAAAAUGACCGGAAGAAUCAGAAACUAGGAAGACCAAAAAUUUUUAUAAGGAAAAUAUAUAAUUUACCUUAAAACUCACUGCAAACAAUUUAAAGUAUUAGUAGGAUUGGAAUGAUACUUGUAGUUAAGGUUGAACUAUGGUUGUAAUGGAGAUGUAAUAGAUUUGGAUUAACGGAGAAGAUGCAGGAGGAAAAACGUUAACACAUGGCCCCACAAAGUGGAGGAGGGAAGUCCAGGGGAAUUUAUGGAAUUAUCUUUUUAUUUUGGUUGUUUGACAAUUGUUUGUAAAUUUCAAAAUUUGAAAAACUUUUUUUUUAUUAUUAAAGACAUUGAUUUCUGGUGAGAUCUCAUGAGGUCUUAUCAAAAUCACAUGAGAUCUUGCCGAAAUCUCAUUGGAACCUGCCGCUGCGCAACCUAGGUAAGGGGUGCUUCAGCAGUGGCAGUUUUGUGACAGCAGGGUUGGACAGCACUUCCCAUUUCAUCUCAAGUGGUGAAAUGUGAUGCACCACCCCUGUAGCUCAUUUAUUGUGAUGCCUUACUAUGGCGCCUAUCACUGAAGCUGGUCCAGUCUUUCAGAAGUCUCUUUCCCUGGCUAGACGUUACCUUCUUCCCUUGACUCUUAACUCUUCUUGUUCUUCAGAACCGUCCAUUGAAGUUUUCCAGCCAUCCAAUAAGGAAGGGUUUGGACUGGGCCUACAGCUGAAGAAGUGAGUAAGGCCUUAUUAAGCUGAGUCAUGAAGCACAAGGUGUUGCUCUAGAGCAAGGGUUGUCUAGUCCAAGAGGCCACAUUUCAAUGGUUGGUGGGGUAAGAAGGGAAAGUGAUUGGAACAAUGGGGGUGACUCUCUACCCUUCUACACUAGGUUAUACUGUAUGUAUAUUCAUACAUACAUACAGUAAGUCUUACGUAAUUCAGAGGGUUCUAGACACAAACACACCUCUCUUCAACCCUAUCUGCACUUUACUUUAAAAGCAGUACAGUAUUGUAUUGUGUGCUUUGGGGUUCAGUGAUGGGGAUAAAACACUUCCAAGACCUUUUCUUGGACUCCUUUCUACCUGUCCCAUUGAUGGGAAGCUGUGAAUGAGGCCAGCUGUUUCAGCACCAUGGAGAGCUCCCAGUGAGCAACGUACUCCAACAAGGGUUGGAGAUUAAAGGAGGCCUUUUGAGGCUCUGUCUCCAGUCCACCUCUCUAGUUCAGGAGAAGGCACUCAUAAGAGUCCCAGCUCUGGCUCCGGAGGCCCCAAAAUUGUAGGAUCGAGUUCACUGGGCCUCUGAUCACUAGCUUCAGUCUCAGAGCUAGGGACCUGAUCCAGCUUUUCAGACUCUGACCUAUUUAGCCACUGACUUGGUGUUGUGGUCACUACCAGUUUCUGGGUUCAUGAUAGUGAUUCUGUCAGUCACUGUUUCUCUUCCCAAUAGGAUCCUGGGAAUGUUCACAUCCCAGCAAUGGAAACACCUCAGCAACGACUUCCUCAAGACUCAGCAGGAGAAGCGGCACAGCUGGUUCAAGGCCAGUGGCACCAUCAAGAAAUUCCGUGCCGGUCUCAGCAUCUUCUCACCCAUCCCCAGAGUAUGA